AUGCAAGAUUCUAACAUGGUCCAAGGCAACAAAAUUGGUAACGAUGAUGAUGCAUUAAGUACGAAAGUUGUUGACAUAGUUGAGAAUCAACAAAGUAUUGCAUUAAAGUCUAAGAGAACCAAAAGACAAAGAGAUGGUGCCCAAAGAGCUAGCCCAGGGAAAAGAAACUUCGAAAAGAGCAAGGUCCAUAGUGCAAUCGGUGAGACUAAGGGAGGCCAAGAGGGUAGUGCCCACAGGGCUAUUGACGACGCCUCUGGGUGUAUGGGCAGCGCCUAUGGCACUGAAGCUACUACUAAUGUGGGCUGGAACAGGAGUGAGCCAAGCUAUGGGGUAAGAUUCAGACGACGCCAAAAGUGGAGGGGCCAAUAG